AGAUAGCGCCGAUGCUUAAGUGGAGCUAUGUAGGAUAACAUUGAGAAUUGACUUAUAAGAAGAUCAUUUUGGUGUACAAUGGGACCAAUUGUGUUUGUCCUUGCCCUUCUCCUCGGGUCUGCAAAGGGAGACUACCCAUGUCUUUGCUCUUACCAGGUGGAGGCGGCAAUUCACGCGACACCAGACGAGAGUUCGACUGUGGACGGGUAUAUGUACGAAUUCGACUGUAAACCGUUCUAUGACCUACCAGGAAUCGACCCGAAGUUUGCAGUCAUUGGAAACGAAAACAAGUACGGCUACAUCGUGAAGAACACUGACAUACAGAUACAAACAUGCCAGGGAAACAUUCCAGCAAUACAUCUAGUAAAGACGACAACAGCAGCAAUACCAAUAACACCAACGACAACAAUGUCAACAACGCUACUACCAACAACGAAAACAACAACGCCACUACCAACAACGAAAACAACAACGCCACAACCAACAACGCCACAACCAACAAAACCAACAACGCCACAACCAACAACGCCAACAACACAAUCCACAGCCCCGAUUGUGUCUACCAAGACCACCGGUAGUCACUCGACCAAGCCACACACAAGUCAACAAACAACCCCGACAACAGCGAAAACAACACAACAAACAAUAACAACAACAAGACGAACGACGAUCACAACACAAGCUCCAACAACUACAAAGACAACGACACCAAGACCGACAACAAGACCCCCAACAACAACCACAAUGCUAACAACAUCCACUCGGCGUACUACUACUGCAGCUAUGUCAUCGAUGGGGAAAUGCCUGGUGCGACUUGGCCAUCCCGACCCUACGCACGUCUCCACCGACGGAGUGUACUGCUACCAGUUCAUAGACACCAAACAGUCCUGGAUGCACGCCAAACAAGACUGUGCAAGAAGGAACGGCCAUUUGUUGUCAAUUGAUAGUCAGAGCAAAAACGACUUCACGUACAAGAUGCUAACGAAAAUUCCAUACGUUCAACCAGUUUGGAUCGGACUAAAUGACCGGACCUCGGAGGAGAAGUGGCAAUGGGACUCCGGUAUCCCUGCUACAUACUUUAACUGGAUGCCGGUCCGUUUCAUCGACCAGUACCACAGCACGGAAGAUUGUGGAGUGUUCGUCCAUGCACGUCAAGGCCAAUGGGACGAUAUGGACUGUGACGGAAUAUCUUACGACAUAGUCCUGGCCUUCCCAUACAUUUGUCAAUUCCGUCUGUAGAGGAAUUUCUUGCCAUGACUUGUACACAAUCAUCAAUAAAUCGAUGAAAGAAA